AUGAAUGCAAAUAAUUACAUGCCACCCCCUAUGAGCAAGAAAGGGGAAGCUCCAAACCGAAAACAAGCAGAAGAAGUGACAACAAAAGGAAUAGAAAAUCUCAACCCCAUACAGUCCUUUAAAGGCCAAUUGAUAUCUGCGAAAAUACUAGAGAACAUGGAAAACAUGAAAAUAGACACGCCAACUCUGGUGCAGAAGUACGUUAUGCCGCUGGCCCUGCACGGGAAAGACAUGCUGAUAUCUGCCCCUACGGGAAUGGGGAAGACGAUUUCUUUCCUGGUGCCUGUGCUGAACACGCUGGUCGGCGCGAAAAGCCUGGAAAAGCGAGAAAAGUCCUCGAAGUACUCGCAGAUGUACAAGGGCGGACAUGGAAAGCGGACCAUAAAGGCGCUUAUUCUGACCCCGACGCGAGAGCUGGCCCUGCAGAUCCACAGCGAGACCGAGCUGCUCUCGAAGGGCAUGUCCAUAUCCGCCGGGUGCGUGUACGGAGGAGUGUACAGGUCAGACCAGAAGGCCGACAUCCGGAGGGGGCUGGACCUCGUCAUUGGAACGCCUGGAAGAAUACUCGACUUUAUUAAGGACGCGACAGUCAACUUCGAUCUGAGCGCUGUCCAAAUGCUCGUAUUCGACGAGGCCGACCGGAUGCUGGACAUGGGUUUUGAAAAGCAAAUCCGGGAAAUCCUGCAGCACUUGAGCCCAGAGAUGUCCAGGCAGACGAUGAUGUUUUCUGCGACUUUCCCAGCGCCGGUGCGCGCGCUUGCAAAGGAGUUUUUCCAGAAGGUGCCUGUGGAGGUGCACGUCGGGCACGGGCUGCUGGAGAAGAUCAAGCAGGAGCUUGUUUUUGUUGAGGAGCCAGACCACUAUAAGCAGGAGAAGAACGAGAAGCUUAUGAGCCUGCUUCAGGAGUAUGGAUACACCCCCAGCGACCCUAUAGAAAUGGCACAGAGCAGGAACAGCAUGUUUGGCCGCGGCGGAGGCCACUCCACGCCGAAUCUGACGUGGGCGCACAAGAAGAAAGACGCGGAGCCAAAGAAGGAAAUAAAGGAAAGGGAGCAGCCAGAAAAGAAGCAGCACAAAAUAGUCAUCUUUGUGGACCAGAAGGUCGAGUGCAACAGCCUUUCCCAGCACUUGCACAGAAACGGGAUCAGCUGCACAAGCAUCCACGGAGACAAGUCGCAGCAGGAGAGAGAGUCCUCCCUCGGAGACUUUAAGAGCGGGGCGCUGCCUGUUCUUAUUGCAACGUCGGUGGCCGCCCGAGGCCUGGACAUUCCGGGGAUUUCCCUUGUUGUGAACUACUCGAUGCCCUCCGACAUAAACGACUACGUGCACAGGAUAGGCCGAACCGGGAGAGCGGGGAGGUCGGGAAGGGCCGUGACCUUUAUAGGCCGGGGAUCCGCCCACCAGGCUGCCGACCUGAUAGAGAUCCUGGAGAAGGCAAAGCAGACGGUGCCUGCGUUUUUAGCAGAAAUGCUGAGCUUUAAGGGCGGCCGAGGCGGAAAAGGCAACAGCAGAAGCAUGUCAUCAUCCACAUACAGGAAGAAGGAGGACUCUGGGCAGCACUUCCAAAUAACCCGGGAAAUAAAGCACAAAGAAGUUCCUGUGCUAAGCAAGAAAAUAGAAAUACAGAGGAAUAUGAGCUGGGAGAAUGACAUAUAA